CAUCUCCGGGGACUCCGUCUUUAGGAUGUCACCGGACGACUCCAACCAGGGCACCGCAAUAAGCAAGCUCUUCGAUGACGCCGGAAUCGAGGUCAUGGUGCCGGUAUGGCGCGAGGACGCAUGGGGAACCGGACUCCAGGACGCCUCACGGCUGUCAUUUGAGUCCCGGGGCGGCAUAGUCGACGAUGGCUUGGGCUACAACCCGGAGGUCAGCGAGUUCUCAGUCGAGGCCUCAAUCCUGGCAGACACCGUGCAGGGAUAUGUUAAUGAUCACGGCGCCGACAAGGUGGGCGUGCUGUACGUCGGGUUCGGCGAGGUGCUUCUGUUCAUGCAGGCCGCAUCAGACUACGAGGUGCUCGGCGACGUAAGGUGGUUCGGCAGCGACGCCAACACAAAGGAGUCAAAGCUGGUGGAGGACUCCAUCGGACUCGGGUUUGUGACUGACACCAGCUACACCACCGUGCAGGUGGCAUCAGGCAAGAACGAUCUCAGCCAGUAUGUCGACAGCUCCCUGAAUGAGAGCAUCGGACGGAUACCAAGCACCUACGCAAGCUCCGCAUACGACAUGAUGUGGCUGAUGGGACUGACUAUAGAGAGGGAGCAGAGCACCGAUGUUGCGGUGCUGACCGCGGCGAUACCCGAGGUUGCAGAGGAGUAUGUUGGGGCCUUGGGCUCCUCGCGCCUCAAUGACGCAGGCGACCUGGCCCAGACAAACUACGACGUCUGGGACAUAAGGGACGGCUCAUGGACGCUGGCCGGGACGUACUUUUCGGCAUCAGACACCAUAGAGUUUGAGAGCGCCAUGAUGAAGGACGGACUGACCGGAGAGGUAGAGGUAGGCUCGAUCCUGCCGCUCACUGGCAGGCUCUCAAAGCACGGCGAGGAGAACUGGGUGGCCUCUGUCCUUGCCACGGUAGACUUUAACAAGUACCUGGCAGACAAGGGCGCAACCUGGACGCUCAGCGCCACGGUCGAGGACUCGCAGACAUCGCCCACGGUCGCACUUGAAAAGCUGCAGACGCUUCACGCCAAGAACAUAAAGAUCGUGCUGGGACCCGAGACCAGCUCCAACCUUCAGAACAUGAAGGGGUAUGCGGACUCCAACGGGAUACUGCUCUUCAGCUGCUGCUCCACGUCGCCGCUUCUUGCCAUAUCCGGUGAUACCAUAUUCAGGAUGGCGCCAGACGACACCAACCAGGGCACCGCGCUGAGCAAGAUCUUCACCGAGGCAGGAAUAGAGGCCGUGGUGCCGGUAUGGCGCGAGGACGCAUGGGGCGUGGGACUUAUAGGAUCCAUCCGUGACUCAUUUGCCGCCCGAGGCGGCACGGUAGCCGACGGGCUUGGAUACAACCCAGAGGCCACCGACUUUUCGGCCGAGACCUCACUCCUGGCAGAGAUAGUGCAGGAGUAUGUGGACGAGUACGGCCCGGACAAGGUGGCCGUGAUGUACAUCGGGUUCGGCGAGGGCUUGCUGUUCAUGCAGUCCGCAUCGGGCCAGGAGAUACUCCAUGACGUGAGGUGGUUCGGCACCGACGGCAACACCCGGGAUCCGACAUUCAUCGACGAUCCGAUAGGGCUUGAAUUUGUGACUGACACCAGCUACACCACCGUGCAGGUGGCAUCAGGCAAGAACGAGAUCAGCAAGCGCGUGGACGAGGCGCUGGUGGCGGAGCUUGGAAGGGUGCCAAGCACGUAUGCCAGCUCCGCAUACGACGCGGUAUGGGUCGUCGGCCUUGCGAUAGACAGAGAGCAGAGCACGGACGUUGCGGUGCUGAGCCAGGCGAUUCCCGAGAUUGCCGCAGAGCACACGGGCGCACUGGGCUCGACACGCCUCAACGACUUUGGCGACCUGGCCCAGACAAACUACGACGUCUGGGACAUAAGGGACGGCUCAUGGACGCUGGCCGGGACGUACUUUUCGGCAUCAGACACCAUCGCGCUAGAGGGCGUCAUGCCGGACAUGCCUGACGAAGUAGUGCCGGACACGCCUGACGAAACCACUCCCCCUGGCGGAUGCUUGAUUGCGACCGCCGCAUACGGCAGUGAGCUUGCACCGCAGGUCCAGCUUCUGCGUGAGAUCAGGGACAACACGCUGCUCUCGACUGACUCUGGAACAUCAUUCAUGACGGGCUUCAACCAGUUCUACUACUCGUUCUCCCCCGCUGUUGCAGACCUUGAGCGCGAGAACGCCGUAUUCAGGGACGCCGUGAGGGUGGCGAUAACGCCUGGACUGUACACGCUGAACAUAAUGACGCUUGCGGACCAGAACUCUGACGCCUCGGUCAUCGCAUUUGGCCUACUCGCGAUUGCCGCCAUGGCAGGCAUCUACGUGGCAGGACCAGUCCUGACGGUACACGCCAUCCGCAAAAGAGCAAGGCGCGCAUAACAUCCCACAGGCGCCAGUAGCAGAUGUCCUUUGAUGCGCAGCUCAGCUAUGGAUCUGCAUGC